AUGAAGCCUCUCCAAUGUAAAUACGCCACCCCUCCAGAUAUAACUUCUUUAUCCCUCAUAUCUCACAUAAUUUUCGUAACUCUCCUCUUGAUAAAUCUACUUGUUCCACUACCUCAAGGCUACAAAAUUCUUGAAUUUCAAGACUCACAAACUGCCAAUCUCACGCCUUACGACAUAGAGACUUACGGGGACGGCACGAUUUUAAUCCAGUUAACAUCAUCUUAUAAUUUGAGUUGCGUCGAACCUGUUUUAUAUUUUCGAAUAAUACAUCCAAAUGGAACACGCUCAUCGAUUUCCGUGAGGACCUCGGAAAUUCCAUCGUUUAACUUCUGCACAAUAAAUAUUAAUGGAAUAUUUAGAUAUUAUAUUCAAGCAUAUCCACUGGCAUAUGGGUUUAUUUUUAUCACCUAUGUAAAUUCAAGUGAUUCUUCGACGGCUGCUGUAUACGGACUUUUGACUUCUUUUAAUGAAGAUGUUAUUAGCAAUACAUAUUUACACGAGGCAUCAGUUGAUCGUAAUGGGGUAGUUCAACCACCAGGCUCCAUAUAUUAUUCAAAAUAUAAGGAUAACGUUGGAUUCUUAUAUGUCGGGAUACAACAAAACACCGGGCAUAUUAUGUGGAGUCAUUUCACCACACCGAACUUGGAAAACAACUUUAGUAUCACACUUGUUAAAGGUGAUUUGAUCUACAAUGAUGGUGGCAGCUCUGUAGCCGUCAAAUUUUCCGGUUUCCCUAGUUUCUCUGGAGGGUUCUGUUUGGUGGUGUCGCGUGUUUAUGGUCGCGAGCAACUGUACAGUAUUGUUUCCUCGAAUUCCUCUUCAAGUCCAAAUCUCUCCACGAAUAUUACAGUAGAAGAUCCGGUAGACGUCCGUUUAAAAGUCACUGCAUCAUUUAUAUCUAAUAGUGCAGGCAUUACGACACAUUCCUUAAUUUAUUCAAAUCCAUUCCCGGAUUUGGAUGUGUUCAUGAUGAGCUGUAACGUGGAUUACGGAGGUGGUGGAAAUAUGUGUCAGUUGGCGAUAAAAUUAAUACAGGAAAUAUAUGCGAAAGAAAUAACGAAUGCGAAUGACGCACAGAUCAAUUCGUUAAUUUAUGGAGGAUACUUGCUAACAGUCCGCAUGCUCACGAUCCAAUACGUAUACGGGUACAUCCUAGGUUCGGCAGAUGUCAUUAACAACUGGACCUUGCCACAACCAAUGCUGAUACCCCCAAACCCUCACGCGUUCGACUUGCUUCCGAAUGAUACAAUAGUUUCCUUGGUAAUGAAUGACACAACAAAUGAAAUAAUGCUUGUUUCAUCCGAUUUGACAGCACAAAAUUCAACAGGUCCUUAUUCCAAUCCACAAAUAAACUCCACUUAUCCGAAAGUAAAUGCACAAAUCCCGUUACGCGCCAGCCGUAUAAACAUUACCUACCAAGAUCCAGUUUCGCUCUCAACACAAAACGUCAGUAUCUUUAGGCCUAUUGAUGAAGCUGACUUACUUCGACAGACUUACUCUGGCCAAUCAAAUCUCUGUGAACUUAGUGAAGACCAAAGAACAGUCACCAUUACCGUAUUCGAUUCGACAUUCAACGAACCUAACACCAAGUAUUAUGUUGUGAUUGACCCUAAUUUCGUAGUAGUGAAUGCGUCAAAUGAACCCCUCUUGGGCAUACCAAAAGGAAUUUGGAUUAUGUGGACGGAUGAGUCUGUGACGGAGCCUCACUCUGACUCGUUAUCCAUCUUGCUCCGUUUAUCACCCGAAGGCACGAGAUACUUCCAAAAUCUCUCUUCAACCGAUCAAUCUACAUUCUUCACUUCGAUCUGUUCCGAACUUACACAUAUCAUUCCUACUGAGGAGGAUCGAUUACUCUCCUUGAACCGAUAUCAAUAUGAAACCACUUCAAAUAAAAUAAUUUUCGCUAUCCUGAUUACGGCCGCUUCCAACAUUUCAAAGGGGAGUUCUUACUACCUGUCCGAAGAUUUGAAUACCAUGAUAAUCAUGAAAGAUUUUACAGCGCUAUCGAAAACGAUAAAUGCGAGUUUUUUAGAUGCAACAUAUGGGGCGGUGCGAAAAGACGACUUAUGGAACCUUUAUAAAGAUGGAAUUAUAGGUUUCGCCUCUGGACUUGCAUUAUUUGCAUUGAUGCUUUUCAUUGCUCGUCAUAAAAAUAAUCAGGUUCAAAAUAGUGUGAUAUUCAAAUUCGCUCUGCUACUGCUGAGUUUCUGUUUCAAUGUCAUCUUCAUUUUUACAAACUCCCGCGAUGUUCAAGCUCUUUAUAUUCCAAGUUUAUCAAUUAUCAUAAUAGCAUUUGUUCUAGAAGGAAUUUCCGGCACUUUCUUAUUAAUUCGAGAUGCCAACACGAACUCUCAAUUUCACGAUUGGUUCCAAGAUCACAUUUUCGUUGUCAUAAUAUUCACAAUAUUUUCCGGUGCAGAUAUAUACGCAUUAAGAGUUCUUUCCUCCCGUUUAUAUGGACUGAAAGUUUUUAGUGCCCCUUAUUCAGGGAAGACUUUAAAGUAUCUUUUGUGGAUCGAAAUUUUUUCGUUCUUUAUAAAGGAUCUUCCACAAUUUAUCAUCCAGAUACUUUACAUAACAUGGACCUUAAACUACAACAUUAUUCCGUUGAUAACGCUUAUGAUAACUUCAGCUAUCAUCUUAUUCAACAUCAUUCAAGUAUUAUAUCACUUGAGUGUUUGGUGUAUACGAAGAAAACAUCAGAGCAGCUCAGUUGGAGUUCGCAAUAUCGCUAACGACUACAAUGAGCACAGCAAGUAUUCUACAACGCCUAGUGACAAUGAUAAAAAUUAUAGUGUUAGAUAUUGGACCACAGGAAGAGAAGUAGAAUCGGUCGCACGUAAGGAUGAAGAUGUAAGGAAGAUAACAUACAGAGAUGUUGUCGAUGAAGGGGCUAAAUUAAGAGAAACUAGCACUGGCAAGAUGAUGAUAGUUCAGGUUGGGGAAGGAGCGAAUGUUAAACCUCUUUCUAGCGAUGUUAUCACCACGAAAACUCCUUUAUUAGAAGAUGGUGCGGUGAUUGGGACGAUGGGAAAGAAGGUGUCAAUUGAGACGACGAUGGUGGAAGGUGAGGAAGCUAUAAUUGAGACGACGAUGGUGGAAGGUGAGGAGGUUACAAUUGAGACGACGGUGAUGGAAGGUGAGGAGGCUACAAUUGAGACGACGGUGGAAGGUGAGGAGACGACGAUUGAGAGAUGA